CUGUCGGUCUUGACUCAGGUUAAGUCAGCUUGUCUGCAUUCCUCUUCUCUCCCCACAGCCUGGCCGAUAGAGACAGAAAGAAAAGAGAGAAGAGGAAGAGGAGGGGGGGAAGAAAACACACAUUAUUAUUCACAACCGUAUAGGAUUUUAUGAAGCACGGAAUCGACUCAUACCGGAUACAUCAGGCCACGAAACAUAAGCAUAAACCCCCCCUCCGGUUCAGACGGCUCCUUCAGGACUACAAAACCGAAAGAAAGACAGAUUUGUAUUUUUUAGUGACGGGACUUUUCCUACGUAUAUUUGUGCAUAACUCAGCUAUCGAAAAGCAGCUUCGUUGAGACAGCCUACAGCCUUUUCUCGGCGGAUAUUUCCUUUUCUUUCUUUUUUUCUUUCUUUUUUUUUCCUUUUCGUUUUUUUUAAAUGAGGAUUUACAAGAUGGCUGAUGACAGCUAGCCCCAACAAGGACAGAAAACCGCGACGUCCCCUUUAAGAACAGGAGGGUAUAUUUUUGUAUUUUUAUUAGCUAAAUAUAAAAAAAUAUGGCUGCCUCGAAAAAGCUAUGAGUGUAGCUGUAAUGAAAGGCGUCUGUCCGGUGUUUGUGUACCUGUGCUACGGUAGAAAAUGGUGAGGUGACGUCUGAGGUAAUUUAGGCGAUUUAAUCGAGAUAAGGAAGUGGGACGAAUAUGUUGUUAGCUAAAGGCUGAGGCAUCGAUAGGCUAAUAAGGUUUGAGACCAAAGUACAAAACAAACGGUACUUUUGGGGGGGGGCGGGUAGUGGUGGUAAUAAUCAUUGAUAAAGGAGAUAUUUGAUAGAUGUGUCAAAGCGAGAGAGAGAGAGGAGAGGAGGGGGGAAGCAAACGGCUCUGCAACGACAGCCAACAUUCCUGCGGAUCCUAAAAGCCUUUGUUUUGUGCGCAGGAGCUGGACUGGACCAUUAAAACGAUUAACUAUGCAGUAAACAGCCUCGACGUGAUGGCCUGGGUGUAAUUUUCAGAAGAGUUAGAUUAUAAGGCCUUUUGUUGUGGGAGAGAAAACUGGAUAAGGCAUAAAAAGCAGAAAGCAGAGGCCUUGUGUACAUAUAUAUGCCACAUUCAUCAAACAGAAAUAUCGCUUUGUGUGUGUGUGUGUGUGUGUGUGUGUGUGUGUGUGUAUGAUUAUAAAGACAGGAGGUUGUGCUUGGGGUUUUUUUCCCCUUCUCAUCUGAGCAAUACGACGGGUUUUUCUCAGCCUGCGGCCAAACGAUCGCAGGUUGUGUGUGAUUAGAUUGCUGCUGGAUGCUUAUUUAUAAUUCAGCGGACAAAAGCAUUGCGCUGCGUACUCAUUAUUGAGGGAAUCAGGCGUCCUUGAGGCUCCUAUGGAAUACAGUCACAUUUUCAGAGGCGUUUCUCUGUGUGAAUAGAGAAUAGCAACCAGGGUGUGGACCUGAGCAGCCCGUUUUUCAUUCUGAAUUGGUUGCUAUAGUCGACCAUAAUCCGUCGUUAGGUUAGGGUGAAGGCCUGGAGUGGCAGCAGGAAAAAAGAUCAAGAUCCCUGUCAUGUGUCACAUGGAGAUGCAUGCAUCUGGGUGAUGGUAAGCGGUUCUCUGUGCCUUGGUUUACCUGUAGCGGACGGAGUUUGGUUCUGUUCUGUGAGCACACACUGAAUCACUGAAGACAGGUCUGGUGGUUCCGAGUGUGACUUGGAGGAAAGGAAACCACCGCUUCCUGUAAUCUGAACAGCGUCAUCCCCCCGUCUGUUUUAUGUGUUGAAAUCCACCAAGGUGUUUCGCCUGAAGCCUCCUUCAGCUCAGUUUUCCGGGAAUUUGCCUUCAUGCUGCAUUACUAAGCAAUACUCGUCAUCUGUCAGGGAGGGUGUGCAUACAAAUAUUGAUCUUUCAGGACUCGGGUUUUUGAGAGUGUCGGGUUUCCACUGGGAGAGAGACGCACAAAGCGGCCUAAAAAAGGUCUGAUUUGUAUGCCUGCCUGCACCACCAUGGCCUCUGACAUGGCUGAGACGUGGAGGAACUGUUUUGAGGAGGAGCUCAUCUGCCCUAUCUGCCUGCACGUGUUCUCUGAUCCCAUCCAGCUGCCCUGCAAGCACAACUUCUGCCGGGGCUGCAUCAGCGAGGCCUGGGCCAAAGACUCCUCUCUGGCUCGCUGCCCCGAGUGCAAUCAUGCCUACACGCAGAAGCCCAGUCUGGAGAAGAACCACAAACUGUCCAACAUAGUGGAGAAGUACAAUGCCCUGAGCGUGGAGAAGGCCAGCACGCCGACGCUGCAGUGCAUCCUGUGCCGCCGGGGCCCGCCGCUCCCCGCCGUCAAGGUGUGCCUGCGCUGCAAUGCCCCGUGCUGCCAGUCCCACAUCCAGACGCACCUGCAGCAGCCGUGCUCGGCCCUGGGGCACCUGCUGGUGGAGGCGGAGGCCGUCAAGGCCUGGACCUGCCCGCAGCACGACGAAUACCGGCUGUACCACUGCGACGCCGAGCAGACGGCGGUGUGCCAGUACUGCUGCUUCGCCCGGUGCCACCCCAGCCACGGUCAUGCCGUCACCGACGUGGAGCUGCGGCGCAACGACAUCAGACAAAACCUGCUGAGACAGCAGGAGCGCGUGGAGGAGCGAGUGCAGGAGAUAGAAGAGCAGCUCUGCAAACUUGACUCUGACAAGUGUACAGUGGAGGACAGAGUGUGUGAGCUGAAAGAGGAGGUGCGCCUGCAGUACCAGCGCAUGCAUCAGCUCCUGGAGGAGGACCUCGGCCGCACGCUGGAGGCCCUGGACCGGGCUCAGGCUCGCUUCUUCCAGGAGAACGCGGCGCAGGUUCUGGCCCUGGGGGAGCAGCGGCACGAGGCCCAGAAGCUGCUGAGCUCCAUCCACACGGCCUUCAGCAAGGCGGAGGAGCUGAGCUUUAUGAAGAACACGAAACCCGUUAAAAUCCUCACAGACAGGUCGCAGGCAUGCGUGGGCAGCAGCCUCCCUCCUUACAAAGUGGGGAAUCUGAACUCUAAGCUGUUUCUUUCUGAGAUCGCAAAGCGAGAGAAGAGCUUGAAGCGAACGCUUGAGGUUCCUCUCACCCCGCCGUCGGCGUUCCUGCAGACCGUCGCCGCUUUCCCCAGUGGCCAGAGCUCCGGCUCCGGCUCCGGGGCGGAGAAACGGAAACAUUCCACCGCCUUCCCGGAGGGAAAUGGCAGCACGGGGAAAAACGCCACUCCGGGUUUCAAAGACUCAUCCUCAUCUUCCUCCUCUUCUUCCUCUUCGUCGUUAGCCAAGCAGCCCUACUUGGGGUCCGGCUCCGCCUCUGGAGAGGGCCAGUCCGCCAACCAGCAGACUCUGGGCCCCUGUGCGCCGCCUCACAUCGGCGAGGGCGGCGGCGCCGGGAGCGGGAGCGGCUCCCUGACCAACCAUCACUCCGGCUCCGUGUUCGGCUCCUCCCACUUCCCGCCGGGCGGCAGCGGCUCCUCCCACUCCUCCCAGCAGGCCGUGCUGCCGCAGUACGGCGGCAGGAAGAUCCUGGUCUGCACCAUGGAUAACUGCUACUGCUCCGGAGUGCCGUCGGUGUCAGGCCACCGCAGCCACCCUCCCUACCCGCGCUCGGGCUCCUUCCCCUGGGUGAGCCCCCAGGACUACCCGCCCCCUCCGGGCCUGGCCUCCGGAGGGCCGUCCAUGCAGGGGCUGGCGGUGAGGGACUGGAUAGACGCCUCACAGACGCACAGACAUGCAGAUUUCUACGGGCUGUACGGGCAACCGUCCACCAAGCACUACGUCACCAGUUAACGCAGCGGUUAUGCUCUUAAAAUAGAGACGGGCACCAAAAUAGCACACACCUUUACAGAUUUAUAAACCUGAAAUCUACAAAUAGUGGCUGAGCUCACGAA